UGGAAAAAAGAAAUCUUUGGACUGCAGCUUUUUGACUUUAAUUUUUGUGUAAAUAAUUAUAAUAGAUGUUUAGCAAUAAGUGUUUAGAUGUGAUUAGUGAAUAAUUUUAGUCAUAAUAAUGUCAAAUAUUGAAGGUAGACUAAAAGGUUUGCAAGAGCGCUUUGAAAAUGAAUUGCGUAUUCGAAGAGAGGGUCUCCACAAUCAAGGUGGACUUGGGGCUCCUAAGACUGGGAAUACACGAAGACCUAGACCCCCAGCAAUGUUUUCCUCGAGAGAAAUACCACCAUUCCCACCAAGAUCUCCACAAGCUACGGAUACUGAACACAGAAUGCGAGAAGUAUACAAGGUGAGUGGGAAGCUGAACGUGGAUGGCGUUGAAUAUAGGUCUCACAUAGAUGACCUUCAACAACUCGGCGAAUUGGGCAGUGGGACCUGUGGUCAUGUGGUUAAGAUGUUGCACAGGUCUUCGGGAGCUGUAAUUGCUGUUAAGCAAAUGCGUCGUUCCGGCAAUUCAGAGGAAACGAAACGUAUUCUAAUGGAUUUGGACGUGGUGGUCAGAUCACACGACUGUCCUUACAUAGUUCGGUGUCUCGGUUGCUUCGUGACCGACGCAGAUGUAUGGAUAUGUAUGGAGUUGAUGGCGUCUUGCUUUGACAAGUUGUUGAAGAGGCUUGGAGCGCCUAUACCUGAAGCAAUACUCGGAAAAGUCACCGUGGCGACGGUAAACGCGCUAUCGUACCUGAAGGACACGCACGGCGUGAUCCACCGCGACGUGAAGCCGAGCAACAUCCUGCUGGACGAGCGCGGGAACGUCAAGCUGUGCGACUUCGGUAUCAGCGGCCGCCUCGUGGACUCCAAGGCGAAGACGCGCAGUGCGGGCUGCGCGGCCUACAUGGCUCCAGAGCGGAUAGACCCGCCGGACCCGAGCCGGCCGGACUACGACAUCCGCGCGGACGUGUGGUCGCUCGGUAUCUCGCUGGUGGAGCUCGCCACAGGGGUCUUCCCCUACAGGGAUUGUCAGAACGACUUCGAAGUACUCACUAGGGUAAUAGCAGAUGACCCACCACAGUUACCAGAGGAUACUGAAUUCACUCCCGAGUUCAAAUCUUUUGUAUCCCAAUGCCUAACGAAAAACUACCGUCAGCGGCCGAAGUACGUGAAGCUGCUCGAGCACCCGUUCGUGGUGAAGUCGGCGCGCAACUCGGUGUCGGUGGGCGCGUGGUACGCGUCGCUGUCGACGCCCACGCCCACGCGCACGCUGGAGGCGCCGCCCACGCCGCAGCCCACGCGCAACUACGUCACCGCCUCGCACUGGACGCCCGACCAGGCCACGCCCACUCCUGCGCGAGCUUGGUGGGCGACUACGGCGAACCCGGGAGGAAGCAGUUCGCAGCCCGCGAGCCUCGAAGCUGACCUGUCGAACUAUUCGCCUUACCCGAGACGCAGGACGAUCGACGCGUGCGCGUCCCCCCCGCCCGCGCCCGCGCGCCGCGUGUCGGCCGACACCCGCUGGCGCGCCUCGCCCGCCAGUUCGGGUAACACGAGCCCUAUAGUAUUACAAAGGUUCUAUCACCAAAGUCAACAACGGAAGUCGAGAGUGGACUUGCAUUCGACACCGAGACAUCGGAGCCUCAGUCGCGAGCACAGCACGGGUCGCUCGCCCGAGCCGCCGCCGCGGACCAGACAUCUGCUUACGCAUGAAGCUAACGGUACCAUGGAACUCGAGCCGCCGCCGCUCCACGACCGGUUACACCCGCCCUCGCCCUUACUGCUGAGCAAUGAUCGGUUGUCGGAGGGCCGCAGCCAGAGCCUGACGCGCGCGGAGCUCCGCAACGGGUACCGCGCCGACGCGCCGCCCGCCGCGCCCUCCAAGCUGCUGCACGACGACCAGGCCAUGCGGAGCUACGUCACCAAUAAAAGCUGGCUGCACUCGCUCGCGGGGCUGGUGAAGCGCCGCCUCAGCGGGUACGUCAAGUGGCAUCACGUUGCAGCGCGCCGCGAGCCCGUGCACGCCGCCGUCGCGCACCACAAAUGGAGCACCAGCGAGAGUUGGAGCGUGCCCGCCUCCCCCCUGCCGCCGCGCGCGCCCCCGCCGCGCCCCGCAGACUAGCGGGCACCGCUCCCCCCUCCCCCGCCGCCGCCUCACCGCCCGAUACAUGCCCUUCCGACGUUAUUAGAUUAUAUAUAUAUGUACCAGUUUAAUGUACAAGUUUAUUUAUGAUUGUACAAUAGAAUUUUUUCAAAUUUAUCAUUUUCUAUGGUGGGUAACAAAUAUUAUAUUUUAUUUUAUUUGAACACUACGAAGGCUGGGUGAGUGAUUCGACGCAGAGAUGAAAUAUUGUACAAAAUUAUACUUUUUCAUUUUUAUAUUUGAGUUUCGAAUAGAAAAAUAUGUAAUGAAAGUUUUAAUGAAAUACAAACUUUAUUUGUGAUAUUGCUUUAUCGUAUCUAAAUGGCGAUAAGAUUGUAUUAAAAGUAUGAUGGGCUCCCGGGAAGAAAAUGAACCAAUUAUAAUUUUAAUUUAUCAUAAUUGUUAUAAUUAUACAGUUAUCAACACUGCGAGACAUAAAUUCGUAUUCCAAGGGUGUCGCAACAAAAGUGAUUCGGUCAUUCGACUAUGUUAUAUGCAUUCGUUGCAAUGUCUGUUUAUGUUUAUACAGUUGCCAAUUAAAACUGUACCCCCACUCCCUAUUUUACAUUGGUAUUAUACCAGAAACCCAAUAACCCUAACCCAACUGAAUCGGACGAACGAUUCGUGAACGCAUAAAAUACGAACGAGAAGAAGCACUAUUUCUUUAUAUAAUCUGUGUAUUUUUGUGUUAAACGCGUUUUUAAAUUAUAAAUGAAAAAAAAAUGCCUUAAACGUAAAAAAACGAAAGCAAAGUAACGCUUUUCUUCCAAAUCAGGUAUAUAUUUAGAUGUAAAAUAAAGUUAACAUUGUUAUAAAUAUAGAUGCAACUGAUUUUGUUACAAUUAAUACGAAACUGUACUUAAAACACCCCAUUCCAAAAGAAUUUAAUUUAUAAAAAAAAAACAAACACAAGAAUAUCAAUUGAUAACUUGCAAAUAGUCAAUUACGAUAUGAACUUGAGAAAAAGCAGUUAUUUUGAAAUCACAGAAUAGAUUAUCAACACAUGGCCUGUAUAAUAUUAUUAACUAUGACAAAAAUAUUUUUAUAUAUUUUUCUGUUCAAACUUAAAUACCAAUAUAAAAAUGUUGCAGAAAUAAAUAUUGAGGAUAUUGUACAAAUGAGUUGCAUGAAACAUUGAACUCGAAAUAGAAGUAGCGCAGUAGUAACACCAAAAAGUACGUUCAAGUCAUAUGAAUUGUGUAUAUAUUAUAUAUAAGGUUUGCGAAUAAAUAUAAUUGUUAUCGAAGCGAGAUUUUUAGGUAAAAUUUGUGUAUAUUUAACGAAAUCGUGUAUUUUGCGCUUUAUACGAUUUUAAUAGGGUACGGUUUGGUGUGUACGAUAGUUUUAGUUGUGACCGCUUCGUUCCGUGGCCGCGGUCGGUGACGUGUUUGUUUAUCUAGGUUUAAUGGUGGAGACAAUAAUGUUUGCUUUAACUUUUUAAAUAUAAAUUCAAAUGACAAGUGUGUAGACGUUCAGAGUGUAAUCGUUGAUUCGAAAUGGAUACAUUUGAAAUAUUCUCUAGACAAAAGUGGAUAUAAUAAAGGCGUUCGUUUAACUCGUUAUGUAACUGUUCUAUUUAAACAGAUUCAUAUUAAAUUUUUUUUUAUCGUUUUAAAAGUUUAAUUAAACGGUUCAAUUACUAGUAUCACUUCCGGUUCGGAAUCAAGAUCUUCUGAGAAUCGACAAGUAUAAGCUUUAUAGACUUUUCAAAAUAGAUAUUUUACAUAACAUUGUCAGAGAUAUUUGUGUAUCUAUAGAAUGUGUCGGGAUGUGUUAAUCAUCUCGUCAAUUUAUCUAACUUUAAACUUACUAUGAUUCGACAAACGAAGAUUGGGAAUGCCUUCUCAACGUUUAAGUAAAUUCCAUUAUGAUUACUUAAAAAACUUUUUUUUUCCGCUGAUGUGUGUUUGCUGCUGACCCUACUGACCGUAAUACUGUUGUUAUGCACAGUUUUUACAAUUAUCUAAUGGGCUUGACAUAUUUGCGAGAAAGAGAUAGCAAUAUUUAAGUGAUAUUGUUUAACAAUUCAUACAGAAUGUUGAUAGUACGUCAUACAUCAUGUAAAUAAUAUGUUUUGUAUGUAAUCAAUAAAAAAUAAAAGUACGGUUACCAUUGUAAUGACAUUUCAUAUUCAAUCUUCGAUUGUCGUUAGUGCGAUUGAUAAUAAUAAGACACCGGCCGUGGCAAAUAAUGGCAGGUUCACACUUACUUGUCUUGUCGCGAUUCAUCAGUAGAUACUGCUUAUUAGACACAUAUGUUUUAUAUAACGUGCACACAACGAUGACGUAAUGUGUUCCAGGUAUACCCUCGUUCUUACACGUCACGUAAGUAUAGUGUGAAUCUGCCCUAAUUCCUAUUCGAUAACGAGAUGGUUGAAAUAAAAAAACAAUCAAUGUAAAUAUCGUGUAUUAUAUUGAUAAGUAACGUACGACAUAUUUAAGCGCAGUUUUAUUUUAUAGACGUUUAAUAGAAUUUUAUAUAUAAGUUCUCUUAGUAAAUAGCACAAUGUAUAUUUACAGCUUCGUUCUGUUUCGUAUAUUAGUUUGUACACGCAAUUUUUACCAAAUAUAUAAUAAAUAUUUUAUUUCAGAUUUUCUAUUGAUACGAAUAACGUCCUUACCAUAGAGAAAAAUUGUCUGUUAUAGGUUUUGUUUUUCAUAAAUGCUUAUAUUUUUUAUUUUCCUUAUUUCUAGUGAUAUAUUUAUAAAAAAAAAAACAUUGAUACAAUUUUCAUUUUCUCUAUGGUAAGAUGUAAUAAUGAAAUAAACAGAUCAUAAAUAAAAGAAAUAUAACUGAAUGUUCCAAUUAUAUUCUUUUUUAAAUUGCUUUAGUAAAAUAUAAAGAAUAUAUAUGAUGGAGUUACGAACAUUUUCACUGGCUCGCUUUUAACUUGGAAAUUAUUUGAUUCUUUAUUAUUUUUAUGAACCGAUUCCAAAUAUAAAAUAAAAAUAUACAUCAAAUAUGAGGUUAAUUGCUAUAGAUAAAAAAAUAUAUUUUAAACAAAGAAUGUCAGGAAUACAUUUAUAACAGAGUCAAUGCUUUACGUUUUUUUUAGUUUUUUUUUUUAUUACCAGUGAGAUUUUUGUUGAAGUCAUCAAAAUUCCACUACACGCAAAAUAAUGAACUCAUUUAAAUUAGUUUAGUACUUACUUGUCGCGAGCUUCGAUAUCAGCUAUAAUACCUGAUAAAGAUAUAAUUAAAAAAAAUAAUUAAACAGGUAGAAUAAUUAAAAAGCCAAAUAACAAAAUAUUUGAAAGUCUGCUGUGUUUAUUCGGUUUGUUUUAUUUUAAUCUGUUUAAAUAUAUAUUUUUACUAUUAUGACAAAUGUACAUGGUAUAAAUAGAAGAAAAAAAAAUCUAAGCUUGCGAUGAUUAGAACGUGUUCGAAAUUUAAUUUACGUAAUUGAAAGCGAAUAUGAAAUUAUAUUUAACUAUAAUUAUGUUGAUCGAGAGGCAGUCGCUUGUUGCGUAGUGUGAAUUACACCACACAGACCACCCCCCCUCCCCCCUAGUCCGCGCGCUCUCGUGACGGGACUAAAAUUAAAUAUAUUU